AACUGGUGUGAUGACUUCCUGCUUUUCGACGGUCUCUGUUACCACGUUAGGCGGCCAUAGCAAGUCACAAUCUGUGGAUAGUGCGCAGUAUUACAUUUCUGUUCUGAGGAAAUAAAAGCACAAAGAAAAUGCCGAAGAAUAAAGGAAAGGGAGGUAAAAACCGCAGAAGAGGCAAGAAUGAAAAUGAGAAUGAAAAGAGAGAGUUGAUUUUCAAGGAGGAAGGUCAGGAGUAUGCCCAGGUUACAAAAAUGCUUGGAAAUGGAAGAUUAGAGGCAAUGUGCUUUGAUGGCAUUAAAAGAUUAUGUCACAUCAGGGGAAAGUUGAGGAAAAAGGUGUGGAUCAAUGGUGGUGAUAUUAUCUUGCUGGGUCUAAGGGAUUACCAGGAUACAAAAGCUGAUGUCAUCCUCAAGUACACAGCAGAUGAGGCUCGUAAUCUGAAAGCCUACGGGGAGUUGCCAGAAUCUGCGAAAAUCAAUGAGACAACCUUUGAUGAUGAAACUGAUGAGACUAUCACCUUCGAUGGGUUUGAUGAUGACGAUGAUGACGACGACAUUGAUGAGAUCUAGUGUGCUCUCUUCACCGCCAACAGUUCUCCCAUGUACAAUGUGGGAAAUAUUUUACAGGAGAGAAAUUGGGUCUCUGAGGCAGAUCGUUGUUUAGCGUUUGUGGUUUUGUUGUGUGUCCAGGGCAUAUUUAUUCUUUCAGUUGAAACUGAAACUAUGUGCCUGUGUGACUGAGUGUCUGUGAGUGUGAAUGGGGUUUGCUUGUAAAUAUUUCCAAUGAGAAAAUGAACUUACAUCUGGCAUUUUGUGUGUAUGAUUUUCUUGUAAGUGAAAGGACAGCAUGCUUAGCGUGAGGGUUGAUGCUUGUACGAAUCAAAAUCAGUUGAAUGAAGUGUGCUUGUGUUUUUCCCUGAAUGCAUCUUGUAUUUAAGUUUUCCUUUUGGUGUAUGUGUGAGGUUUGCCAGACUUGAAGAAAUUUUUGCGUGCGCUUGGGAGCGUUAGCUAUUCAUUAGUAAUUUAUGGGUUACAAACUGUGCUUUCUUUGUUCCUAUUUAAUUUAUCAGAAUUGAGUCGAGGUGUAUUCUGUUGAGGUUUUGACUAGAUUUUUGGAUACAUUUAGGAUUCAUCUCCUAGCUUUCAGUUUUCUAUUGAAGUAAUUUAAACCAAAAAAAAAUUGGACCGUGUUUUUGGCAAUCUUCUGUGGAAGUCAUUAUGCUAUUCUCCCCCCAUUCCAAUUUCAUGUUUUGAGAGUAGCAGUCGUGUACUGGUGCUUGCGAAAGGUGCUGUUUCUCCUGAAAAAGCUCACCAGUUGAAGAAAGUAUGUCUGGAGGCAGGCCGGGGCAAGUCGGGGGUCAUGGGUCACUCUUUCUCCUGGGAACACCAGCCUGAUCACCUGGUGUGGCCCCAUCCCCCUCCUGUGAAUGUUGCAAGGAUUUGGGGCCGAAACAUUCGUGUACAGGAGGGACUCCUUGCCUGAUGAUCUGUGGAGUAGAGCUGACCUUAUGGCGGCUUAUGUUUUUUGGGUUGUUUUUUUUUAACUCCUGAAAUGUGAGGGGAGAGCUUUUUAGCGGCUAAUCCUUGACUGUUUUCAGCCAGCUGCCACGAUAUUAUUCUCACUGGUUGCUUUGCAGACUUCAGGGCAGUCUUCGCAGUUGGGGUCGUAUAUUGCUGUUGGCUUGUUCAAGUUGUCCUAGCACAGAUAUUUUACAUGUAGUAAAUUGGAUAAUUUUUUCCCUAGAUACACUCUCAAGUUGUAUGUCACUGCCGGAGUGAAAGUAGAUUUCAUUAAAUUUCUGCUUUUACUUACAUUACAAUUUACCUUUUUGGUCAUGGGGUUGUUUUUUUUUCUAUUCUUUAAUCCAGUGCAGGGAUAUGGGAAAUUGAUGGGAUUUUUUAAAAUUUUUUUUUGGUGCUCUUUUCAAAUUUAGUUUUAUCAGUUGAUGAUUUUGGGAUUUCUUUGUGGGUGGCAUCUGUCAGCAUAAGUGAACUUGUAAGUAAUUCUGUAACAAGUUUUAUUACUGUCGCACGACACAUAAUAUUUAUUUAUAAUAAUGGGCAAUGGUAUGGUUGUUGGUAAUUGUGUUUUAAAACUGAGUGCUGUUUUAGUGCGUUUUUCUUUUCUUUUCUUUUUUUUUUUUUUUUUUUUUUUUUUUUUUUUUUUUUUUUUUUUGUUCAUUUUCUCCAGGAGGUAGCUAGCAGGCAGUGAUUGUGUUUGUUUGCAACAUCUGACUAUUGUAUUGAAUUCAGUGAUGUUGUGAAUGUUUGGAUGGUAGAAAUGAUAUAGAUUGAACUACUGUAAGUCUUUACCAGCUAGUGUGAAAUUUGAUUGGCAUUUCGAUCCUUUUGUAAAUAAAUUCCAUUCUUGGUUAUAGAGAGGCACACAGUUUAUUUCUCUGGUGUGUGAAAUAGUGUACGCAUUUCGUACAUUUUUGGGUGUUAUCUAGGAAAAUUAAGAUUUGUAUUUUGGAAAAUGUCCCUCAAUUGGUACAAUCUGAGCACUGAGGGGAGAAGCGAAUAAUAAAGAAAUGAAGCAUGGAAUCAACCA